AAACUUUUUUUUUUUUUUAAGCACAAACAUUUUAAUGUUAUGUAAAGCACAAACGUGACGCGCGUCUCCGGAUUUGACUUGUAGCCUAAAUUCAGGGUUUGGAAUAAUAAAAUAACAACAAUAACAAAUAUUAAGUGGACUAAAAUGCGCGCGCGCGAAGGGAAAUCACACCGCUGUCGCUUUAACUGCACCGGACCGGAGCGCCCCAUAUGAUUUUCGAGCUCCAAUCACCACAUCCCUCAUUCCGCACGCGAACAUGGCGAGGAAAAGGGCAGUCGUGUGAAUGGAAAGGACGCCGCGCAGAUGUGAAGCGGAAAAAAUCGGUUCUUUCAUGGAGAGGGACAGCGCGCAUGCAGGGGAGGAGAAUCGGAGCUGGUUUGCACCAAAGCGCAGUGGACUACAAUGCUGAUAGUGGAGAAGACCGCCGAGCACCCGUCAGGGGAGUACUCCGUGGUGGAGGACAUGGCCCUGCAUUGCACUUUUCUGAUGGAGCGUCUAAAUGAGCAGCGCUUGCUGCAGCCGGACCUGUGUGACGUAGACAUUGUGCUUCUGCGCCACAAGGCCACAUUCCAGGCACACAAGGGCGUGUUGGCUGCGUACAGCCCCUUCUUUCACUCGCUCUUCGCCUCCAGUAAAGAGCUGCAGCGCGUGGAGCUUUCCCUAGAGGCACUGCGACCACAGGGAUUCGUGCAGAUCCUUGACUUCAUCUACACAUCUAGGCUGCUUGUGAACAGUGGAAAUGCACGUGAUGUGCUGCGCGCCGCCACCGUGCUUCAGAUGGCCAAUGUGGCAUCGUCAUGCCGCGAACUGCUCUCACGUGGCUCGCUGCAGGAUGAGCAGUCAGGGAGGGACGUCCACGCCUGGAGCAACAGCAACGGAAAUGGAGGAAGCAGUGACUCUAACUUCUCAAUGGAGAUCAAGCAGGAACAGGACGCAUCCAGUGCCAAGAUCUUUGGCACGAAGAGCGAAAGGAGCCCAUAUGUCGCACACAUUGGAGAAAGACUGCAUUUGGGGACAGGAAAGGAGGAGUGUAAUAUGGACUCGGAAGAUUCCUUUAACAGGAAGCAGAUAAUCGUCGAGCUCAAUCUCAACAACCAGACCCUAAAUCUGUCCAAAGGACUGGAAGGAAGAUGUUCCUCAACGGCAUCCCUCAGCUUUGAGGCAGAGAAGCACAGCGCCGACUCUGAGGAAAACGGAGAGCAAAGCGACUGUGAGGAUGAGGUACCCGGUGGUACGAGCGAGGACGAAGCAGGAGAAGCAGCGCAUCUGGAUUACAGCGUUCCCAAAUUCCUGCCUCAGAGGUCUCGCAGACAAACCAGAUCCUCGGUGGAUGCCUUGGCUACAGUUACGAUGAGAACGAGUAUGAGGGUGAGACGUGGGAGACGUGGGGGUGCACGAGGAGAGGAGGAAGGAGAGGAAGGGCUUGGACACGAUUCGAGGCUGCAGGAGAGACGGAGCUUCCCGUGCGUCAGGUGCCCACGGGUCUUUAGCAACAGUUGGGACAUGGAGGUGCACGCAAACCUCGAACACAAUUACAUGCAGGGUUGUGACAAAUGUGGCACUCGCUUCCUUCUGGAUAGUGAGCUGCUCCUGCAUCAGCAGACUGACUGUGAGAAAAAUUUACAGUGUCUCACCUGUGGCAAAGACUUCAAGAAGCUUUGGUCCCUGCACGAACACAAUAAAAUCGUCCACGGUUACGCCGAGAAAAAGUUCACUUGUGAGAUAUGUGGAAAGAAAUUCUUUACCAUGGCUCAUGUUCGCAAGCACAUGGUUGCUCACACGAAGGAAAUGCCGUUCACCUGCGAGACGUGUGGCAAGUCUUUCAAACGGAGCAUGUCUCUCAAAGUCCACUUCCUCCAGCAUUCAGGAGAGAAGCCAUUCACGUGUGAGAAUUGUAACGAACGUUUCCAGUACAAGUACCAGCUGAGAUCGCACAUGAGCAUCCACAUCGGCCACAAGCAGUUCAUGUGUCAGUGGUGCGGCAAAGACUUCAACAUGAAGCAGUACUUCGACGAGCACAUGAAAACUCACACAGGUGAAAAGCCGUACAUAUGCGAAAUCUGCGGCAAGAGCUUCACCAGUCGUCCCAACAUGAAGAGGCACCGGCGCACACACACCGGCGAGAAGCCGUACCCGUGUGAGACCUGUGGUCAACGUUUCCGCUUCUCCAACAUGUUGAAAGCUCAUCGCGAGAAGUGCUUUCAGGUCAGGAACCCUCCCACAGAGGCUCCGUCCAUAGAGUUUGACCCUACCCCUGACGAUACCCCGUCGUAUGUGACUGAUCAGAGAUCUUCCGAUCCGAAGGACGUCGGAACAUGUUCUGUGUUCCAAAGUGCACGGAUUUGCUCAGGAGACGCGUAAUUUCCCGAAACGUUUCCUUACCAAGCUAGAGGUACUUCCUGUUUAGCUUUAACGUGUAAACCAAGUAUCUAAAGCUCCUCAGCGUGAAACAAGUUUCCUGUUACCUUGAGAGGUAAAGACAUAGUGUGCCAUAUUUGGUAUUACAGUAUACUAGCCUUCAGAUGUAGCUGCCACUAAUAUUAAAAUCAAAGUAUCUAUGUAUAUAAAUAUAAAUAUAUAUAAAUAGGAGAAUUAUAGCUACAUUUAAGUUUCUUACUCGUCAUAUAAUAGCAUAGCAUUUGUCUUACCAUUCCAUGCGAAUCCAGGAGGAUUAAAAUGCAGUUUCUGUUCUCGAUUAAAGCAAUCAAACGCCUACCCCAGAAAUGGGACCUGCAGUGUUAGGAAACCGAAGGUGAUGACGCGUUACUAGAGAUGAAAAUCGAUCGAAGACAAAUAAGAUUAAAGUUACAUGACUGUUCAUCAAAUUCGCAGGUAUCAAAGGUAAAUUUCCUUUUUUUUUGUUUGUUUGUUGGGUAGCCAUUCAUUUACUAGGCCCCGCCUACUUAUACUUAAAGCUGGAAUUGUACAACAUUGAAGGAUCAUUAUCUACAGUAUUCCGUUGUGCAAAAAUCGUUUGCUGAGAAGAUUAAGAAUGUACGUGAAGAAUUGGACCUCAAGUUAAUCGAUGUUAACGUAUGCCUUUUUCCCCAUUUACUCAGUACUGACAGAAGACCCGAAGAAUAGCGUGGCAAAUGGUUAUUUUUAAUUAAUUGAUGAUGGACUUUAGAAAUGGAUUUCUUCGGUCUUUCUAGUGAAUCUCUGGAAUCCUCUCCAAACUGUUUUAAUCGUGUUAUUUUAGAUAUCGAGAGCUUUCUUUCGGGAAUUUUCUCAUUAUCUUGGUUUGAUGGGGUCACAACGAAAGCCAUGUGAUUUCCAAUCUGAUGUCAUAAUAUACUUUAAUGUGUGUUAAUGCCUGAGGCAUACUGCACCUUAUAAUUAGAAUUUAAAGCACUUCCUUGUUGUUUUGAGCGAGAUGUUUGUCCAAGACAAUCCAAAUCAGAGCCAAGGCAUUUCUCCACCAUGCUCAAAGCAGACUGGAGAUCAUAUAUUCUAUAUUAUAGGCCUUAUUUAGAAUUUUCUUAGGUCGGAUGUAGCAUUAUACAUGGUUAUACACGGUUAUGUGAUGUACUGAGACAAACUGUUGUGAUCAGUUAGACACCUGAUGCUCUGAAUCAGGUCGAUCUUGUGUGUAGCACGAAAAAUUGACCGUGUGAACCGAAAUAAAAUCAAUAGACAUUAAAUACUAAUAGAUACGUUUAGCUCAGAUGUACAGUACCUAAAUACGAAUUCCCAGCUUUGUCCUACUUACACUCACUUGAGAAGAUAAAGUAACUUACAAUCGAAUGUAUAAAAAAAACAAAAGUAAAAUGUUUCGUCAUCAAAUAAAAAUACUAGCAACGGGGGAAAAAAAACGAACAGGAAUCUGUGCCGAAUUUUAGAAUUUCAAACGAUGCCUGAUUAAUUAACACGUACGUUAUUUCGUUAAGUUACUGUGCAAAAGUAUUAACAUACAGUAUAUUUUCUAUAGACAUUUUUUCUUUAAAUGCAGAUUUUUAUUUUAUGUCUUUUUUUAUUUAGCCAGUAGGAAAAACAGGAAUAUGAUUUGAUAUGAAAAAGUUAUUAUUAUGUUUUUGCAGUGGGUUUAGGGGGGAAAAAUGUAGUUCUCAAAGAAUCCUGGAACAACAUUCCAGCCAAUUUUUUUAUUGACCUUCAACACCUUGCCCUUUGACUUGCCUUUAAUUCAUCCCAAAUUAUUUUUGUACUCAGUGUUGACUUUCCGGAGUCUCUUCACAACAUACUUUCUUUAAAACCUUUGCACAAUACUGUGCAUUAAAUACAAUAUUGUGAUGACACCGAAAUGUUGAUUAUUAUAAUCCAGUACUAUAUCAGCGCAGGUCUAAAUGAAGCACCUUAAUAUGACAAAGUCAAGCUUUUAAUCUUUAUCAAUAUUCCUUCUAUUAUAAUUUGAUCGCAAACGACGUAUAAGGUAAAGAUUUAUUCGGCACAUUACCGCUGCGCCUCCCCGCAUACUAGUUUAGCACGGUGUUAAAUAUACUGCGUACAGCCGAAUAUUCCCUAAAGUUCUUGUCUUAGUAGGAAUAGUUUAAUGUGUUUAAUGUGAUUUGUAAGCGUAUAAGCCUACCAGCUCUUGCUGCAAAAAUUUUUAUUCUACAACGAGUGCCAUACUUUCUGGACUAUUUAUACAAUUCUACAGAGAACCCCAGUUUAACAGGGGAAAAAAAAAAAUCCUGGGUUGUUUAAAUGUGAACUAAUGCAGGAAGUACUGUUAAUUAAUGGAGUGUUAAUGUCCUAGAUAUGAAAAUGAAAGUGUUUGGUCGAACGGUGUGGCAGAAAUCAUUAGAAAGUUGGUGAAUUUAAAGGACAUUACGGUAAGUUUCCAUUAAUGAACGGUACAUAAUGCAGUAGAUAACAUGAGACACAAGAACGAGAGAGAGAUGCAUAAGCAUUCAUGUGGUGAAUCAAAUAGUUACGUGAUAAACAUUGGAGACUCCUUCCAUAGCUGGAUGUAAAAAGUCCAAAGUAGUGUCCGAUGUAAACAGUCAGAGAUAAAACCAUGUCUUUAAGUUUUCCGAUAUAUUCAGCAGACGUUUUUGUCUCGUUAAAUUUCAGAGAGAGAUUAGUAGGAAAAUCAGUGCUGCUGUAAUGUAAGUAAACACAGGAACUAACAGGUUAAACGUUACGAUGUUAUGGUUAUAGUCCAGAAACUACAAUCCUCAGUCCUUCCUAUGGUAUUGUGAUUUGGCAUUAUAUGAUUUCUAAUUGCAAAUUGAAAGGAUUUCAGUGUCUGUAGUGAUACCAGCGUGUCUGAUAUACUGUUUGUACGUGUCGUGCGUUUAAAGAGGACCUUUUAUAGAGUGUAAUUAAUCCUGAUCUGUAUUUUCUCAUUCUCUCUGCUGUACUGUUAUAUCUUUAAAAGCCAAAAGAGAGUUCCUUGUUCAUACUUGUGUGUUUUCAUUGACCAGAUCAAUCUG